AUGCACCACCGCUCUGAUUGCUUUUCCAACGGCGAGUCUUCCAUUCAUUUUGCGCGCGACGAUGGCACUGUAAUGAAGUACUCUGCGGAGUACCCCUUUCGGCCACUCGGACUUCUCAAGACAGAAACCAGUUCUGGUGAUCAGCAGCUCUGUGACAUGCGCACUGUUGGAGACACUCUCUUCCUCAUUUACAUUAAAAAGACAGAACAGCAAGCAACAACUAUGACUAUUGCCAAUGAUGUUAGUACUAAAAUAUCAACAAUCACCAUCAUCACUCCUCAUCCCGCAUCGUCAUUCACCAUUUCACUUGAUGAUAUGCUGAAUCUACGGAUAACCUUUAUUAACGUUGACUCCAACGAAGAUCGUGUUCUGGCAUCCCACCGUGUCCAGAUUGACUUACGAGAGCCGCUACUUGAAUAUAAUCUCGGGUUUGCGUUUUCCUCAGACUCUGCAGACUUCCAUGUUGCACUCCCAGACUUUUAUAUAUGUGAUGUUUUAGCAACCAAAGACACCCUGGCUAUAUUGUCGUCGUCAUUUGUGAUACUUUACAGUCUUGUUGACGGGUCACAAGACCCGAUUCAGCUCUUUAUUCCGGAAACAGACGUGUCUCGGGUGGAUUCAGGUUAUACUACCUUUGGAGGGAUACAACAUCCGUUGCUUCAGGCCUACAGGCUUUUCUAUGUUGGGACGAUAAUACUUGUCCUCACGCCCAGUUGCCUUUAUCAGAUUGAGCACUUCUCUGACAAUACAGUCAGUCUCACUGUGGUCUCUAAGAUCUCAAAUAGGAUCUUAGCGUACACGGCAACAGAUAGCUUAUUUGCUCUUUGCACUUCUAGCUACACGGUCAUGUUGCUGUUCAUGCCUCCCGGAGCUGACUACUUGAGCAUCAGUGUCUAUAACAUAGCUAAUGAUGUCAACAAUCGCCUUUUUAGUCUUUCUAUGGACUACCUCGUCCAGGCUAGUCAGGCAAGUGAAGCAAGCUACCUAGAAAAACUCCCGUCCACCUGGCCAGCCACGCCUAAUCCCCUAGGUCUGGCAAUGGACAGGUAUAUGGACGGGCUUGUGACCAAAAGGUGUGUCAGAAGUGGGACAACUAACAUCUUGUCUACAUUUCCUUCACGGCCUUCUCACAGUAACAUCCGCAUCUUGCUUGUUCCGCUGCAAGGAAAGGAUUCUGUUCUUGUUACAUUUGUUCAUCUUGCUCCACCGUCUUCUCUUACUAGCUCGUCUUCUGACUUUACGGUUGUCGGGUCCUUUAUUCAUGAUCUAUCCAGUGAGUCUGAGGGAGCUCGCUUGCAGCGCGUGGAGUCUCUCUCAAAGGCUGAAGCAUCAGCAUUUUCUGGUAAAAAGGAUUCAUUCUUCAAAGAUUUAUAUGGCGGAUUUUCCCCCUAUGUGAAAAUAAAAACCGGACCCGAUGCUGUGGCAGCAAUAUCUGAGGGGUUAUUUAUCAAUCCUUCUUACUUAAAAACCAAGCCGAUUGCUUACUAUCUCCACCUCCUUGUUAAUAUAAAUGUUGCUAUCUGCAUCGCGCUAUCGAAGUUUCUUGUCACUAAUUCUCAUUUCAAUAACAUCAAGAUGGUCAAGCAUGCUAAGAUGAGCAUUCUUUACGACAUCCUAACAUUACGGGAUGACAUGCUGCACCACCUUACUUCGGAAUGGAACCACACCGUUGCUUUAUCUACUCCUGCAGAGGACCCUCAGACACGCCUCCUGCUUUCUGCAUAUGGAAGCCAGGAUGUGAUGGGCCUCUAUAGCCAUUUGUAUUAUAGCCCAACCUCUGAUCUUGGCCUUAACCCGCCAUCGAUUCACUCUGGGAAUCGCUUGUUGACUGUAUUUACGGUGGGGUUCACGAGUGGUCUGUCCAUCUAUGACUUGACGAAAGCACUAUUACUUAAAGCAAGCCCUCGGCACUACACCAAUGCAUUUACUACUAUCGAUACACUAUCCCUUGCCGAAUACACUUCCUCUUUUAGGCAUAACGUCUUCUAUGCGGAGUUUCGACUGGUUGCAUGGUCGUUGUCGUCUUCCUACCGCACUACUUUGGGCGGAAGAUGUUCUGAAAAUAUGCCUUGUCUGUCAGAUAACUUUUUAUUUGACAAGGGACCCCAUUCAAAACUGGACAAGAAACUGAAUUGGCUACCUCUGACCUCGAACUCUGCUGUUCCACACGAGAGCGUUUACCUGGCUGGUGGCACAUUACAUCACACCAUGUUUUUGAGCUCGUGUCAUGUGCCCAUGGAGACAUCCAUUCUCACGCCUUGCCCAGACUCGGUGGUAAGCGACAUCAACCAAUAUGUCGUGAAGCUCCUCUCUGCCAACAUUAACGCUAGAAACUUUUAUCUACCAAGGUUUUUCUAUACUGGAAUUACUACAUCAUCCGAUGAGGCAUCUAAGCGAAGCGUCGAAGAAGGGCAAGCUCAAACGAGCGCACCCAAUGGACCUUCUGUUGAUCAGAAGACCGUAAAUAAGAAUGCCCCUACUCAGAAACUCUAUUGCAAGUUUGACCCCAUCAUUACACUUCGUGAGUUCACCAGGCGUUUCCUCCCCGACUUUGAUCUUCUUAUGUCCAUUCUCUCAUCUCUAUUUGGCAUUCUUCUAGACGUGGUUCGCACCCAAGGCAGCAGGGCUAAGUACAUACUCCGCAUGAUUAGUUUGGAUACGGUGUUCUUGGAGCUUACGUCUCUGAAUGGAUUUGGCGGCAUGUAUUACUUUGGAAAGGAUCUGGAAGCAUCUCCGUACAGACUUAAGCUGCCCUUUUACACGCUAGGACCAGAAGCGUCCGCACUUUUUCCUAGCCGAGGAACUCUUCCUCCUCUAUUAUCAGAUUCGGCGCAUAUCAGCACUGAAUAUUAUCCCUCCCUCUUGCUGACUGGGCUGGUGGCCCAGCUCUUCUUUGAGCUACUGCAGAUCUACACGUCUGGCAUGCUGGCCAGUAACGAUUUACUUAACGUUGAAAAGCUAGCAAAUGUUACUGAGCACGUCAAUCAGGACGCAACGGUAACGUAUGCUCUCGGUCCCCUGGUGCUGAAACAAAAUACCCAAUCUACGCUUUACACGCCAGCCAUGUGCGAUGUCGGCACGGCAUUCGAUGUUCUUUUCAGUGCAACAGCACGGCCAUAUCAAAGGCUCCUCUAUUUGAACAACAUUCUUCUGAAUAUCCACUUGCUGGCCAAACUAGACAUAGCCCUGGUGGUGAGGACCCUUUACCAGCAUUGUAGCAGAAUUGCUGGACACCAGUUCACGAUCAUCAACCUUCUUAAGAUGUACGACUUCUUCUGCCACGCUGCAGAGAGCAUAAUUGAAAAUCCUAUGGAGCUCCAGAUAACGCUCAAGGUGCUUCAGGAGAGGUUUGGCACACACAUGCAAUACUAUGAUAGCAUCUUUGAAUCUAAUUUGUCCAUAAAUCAGUCAGAUUUCUCGGAAUACAUAGCAUUUUGCAAAGAAAAGAUCCCGCCCUUCUUGCUCCACCUGUAUGACAAAUCACCAACGAGAGAUUAUACGAUCGUUGUUGAGAGCUUACUGUACUCUAAUGAAGACCUAAUGUAUCGGCAGCAAAUAGUGGAUAGCUAUAGGUCCGAUCCAGUGUAUCAAGCCAAGCUGAAAGAAGACCCUAGUCACCCCAUUGUGCAGCUGAAGGAUGCAAUUUUGGAGCUCCGGCUGUAUCGCAAGUAUCGCCUCUCCUGCAACAUCACCAAGAAUAAGAUCCUUUACGGUAUGUUGGAGGCGUGCAUGAACGCUACUCCAACUACGCAGACAGUAUGCAUAACAUAUGAGAACGACCCUGGCAUUGACGGCGGGGGUAUCUUUCGAUCAAUGAUUUCCCAGUGCUUUAUGGAACUACUAAAUGAGGAGGAGAUCCGUGGCUCACCUAUUCUUAACAUGGUAGAGCAUAAGUUGAUUCCAGCGUUCCUUGGGUACAUACCCCUUGCUAGUUCAGAGGUUGUUCCUCGACUGUCCCAAAAGAGGUCUGCGCUCUACUAUCUGGGUAGAUUGUUUGCCUUUGCCGUUGUUUAUAAUGUAAGAUUUCCAAAGGUUUUUGAUUCCAGGUUGAUCUCAUGCCUCAUAGGAGGGAGACUCUAUCUUGACAACGAGAUCAACAACAAAUACAAGGCUGAGCGCGAAAACGAUCCCAUGUUCAACGUUAACGGAACCCCAGUCGAUCUUCUGUAUCCAAUUAACUCGCAGUUUUACAAAAAGUACUAUGGCUCUGCAGACAAACUCUUUAAGUUUACCCUAGGCAAGCUAUAUACAGAAGGGCGGGCCAAGGGCUACAUCACUGGUCCUCCUGGCAACAUGGACGACCUCACCCAUCUUGUUUCGGCCCUUAAAGAUAUCCCUGACUACAAGGUUCCAGAAAUUUUUGAUGAUAUGGCAACCCCAGACUUUGUGGUGUCGACACGGAAGCUGACCGAGACAAAGAAUUGCGUUCUGAAGUGGGUUAUUUCGCUGUUCAAUGGAAUCAAAUCUGGAGACGCCUUUAAAAAGCAUCUUUCCGAAUUCAGAAACGGAUUUAGACAGCCAUUUGGCAAUGCAAUGUCACAAAAGUCAGACGAGAGGGUGCAAAAGAUAUGUCAGCGAAUUGAUAAGGCGCUUUCAGAGAUAUCCCUCAAUGACUUUGAGGCUCUCUUUAUGGCAGAUCUGGAGAUAGACCGAGCCACAAUUGCAAAUAUCAUCCAGCCAUACACUAAGUCAGAUCCGUUGGAGAAUCUGGGAGAGUCUAAGCCGAACAUUAGAGAUCGCAAGAAGGUUCUAGACAAUCUGAUUUCUUGCCUAAAGCAGGUUAUCCUAAACCCCAAAUUAAUGAACUCAACAAGCCUAGGAGACUUUAUGUAUGCAGCCACGGGCAGCAGAUACACCAUUGGCAUAACACUGUAUGUCAAGGCACACAACGAAGGGCCCCUUGUCAUCUUCCACACAUGCAACAAUCUCAUUGAGCUGCCGUCCAGUGUCAAGAGCAUAGAAGAAAUGCACAGAGUUCUGUUAUUCAGCAUGUAUGAAGCAGUUCACGGUGGAUUUGGCAUUGCAUAA